AUGGUCUUUAAACCCAUCUCUCAGUUUAUAAAUUCUCAUCCGACGAGCAACAACAUCAGAUCAUCCCGCAAUGUUACCUCCGUGUUGGGACGUCUUCUCUUUGAUCAAUCUUACAUGAAACGAGGAGGCAAUGUUGCAUUCUAUUCGACCCACAACAAUGUAUUGAAUACCACCUCGACUGAAUCUGCUACUAGUACGGAUACUUCAUCAACCACUGCUGCUCAUCAUCAUAAAAAGAAGAAACAUCUUCAUCAUCGACCUCAUGGCGAACAUAAAACCGUUCCAGAGGAGCAAGCUGCAAGUGGUGUUGAUACUGGUAACGCUGCAAGUGAUGCUGGUACCAGCAGUGCCUUUUCAAGUGCUUCAUACCUCUCUAAACAAUAUGAUGACUCUACUGAGGACGAUGUCAAUGCUGAAAAAAGCUCUGAAGCAUUACCAUGGGAUAGAGAAAGAGAGAGCAAGAUACUUGGAAAGAAAGCAAAUGAAAUUGAUGAAAUUAAAUGGAAUGAAGCAGAGGAUAAACCUCACUCGAGCAUCUACAAGAAGGCUGAAGAAGUGUUCGUUCUAAAAAAGGAAUUUCAUAUCAUGGAAAAUAAGAUUAAUAGAGAUACUCAGGAAAAAGGUCUGAAGGAUGAUAGACAACAUAACGAAUCUGGUGCUUCUGUUUAA